GUCUAUUGCGCAUGCGCUUAGUAUCACCAUGAAGCCGUUUACUGUGUAUUUGUUCGUGCUUGCGUUAGGAACAGCGCACAUAAUUACUGGGCAAGUUUUACUGCAGGAUUCUGAAAGAAAAGUUUUGCACUGUAACGUGACUGGGGAAUGGCGCAGUGAGCUCGGAUCCCAUUUGCUCCUCAGCGCUGUUGGACCGGAAGUGAGAGGGGUGUACCGGACGGCGGUGGAGAGCGUGCGCGGUGCGGCGGGUCUAGAGCGCGAGGCUAAAGUGUUUGGGGUGGUCAGUAACAGCCCGCAGCCCACCAUCGCGUUUUCAGUAGUGUGGGCGAAAGGAUCGUGCACUACAUGGGUAGGUCAGUGUUUCAGUUUACCUGGAGGUGGUCAGGUCCUGAACAUGCUGUGGAUGCUGCGCUCUGCUGCCCAGAGCUCUGUGGACAACUGGGGCAGCACCAGGUUGGGGGAGGACCGGUUCAUUUUUACCCGAAGUGUGGACAGUCCAUAAUGGUUAUUGGUUUAUUAGCAGUCUUUUGGUUCAUCAGUAUGUUUGAGGUGUAUGAAAGAUUAGACACAUCCUGUUGAUUGAUGAUUUGACCUUUUGGUUUGUCAUUUCUGCUCAUCCCAGUACAAUAAACCCAGCUCCACAAUGCA